UUGGAUGCUAAGCGCAAAUUGGAAAAAGAGAGGAGUUCAGCUAUAUCGGAGAGCUUAAAGAAUUUGGAACAUUCUUCAUCGAAGAAAUUUGUUUUCAGUUCCGACUCUGAAGAUGGCGUAGAGGUAGUUGUACGUUCUGUUACAGUUUUCUUUCUGAUCUUUUUUUUUAUUUUGCGCCGCUAUUUUGGAAAAAAAGGAACUAAAAUUGCAGAACUGCAGUCAAAGUACGGACAUGACAAGCGUUUUAUUCUUGAUGAGCGGUUUAUAGACUCAGAUGAGCUGGAAGACUACAUAUUGAAAUUGUUCUUCUUGCAGGAUGAGGAGGAUAAAGAAAUUGCUGAGAGGGAUGAGCAAAUGGCAAUAUUAUCGAGUGUGCUAGGAAAAGAUGUUUCGACUUAUAAGACCUCUAAGAAGUUUGCUGCAUUUCACAGGUUUGAUCCUGAGAAUGUCUCACACCUGCGGUGGCUUAAUGACCAGAAGACCAGUGACGACAGUGGAGACUCUGUAAGUCCAUCUGUUUCAAAAACAUAUGUUUUCAAAGAUGUGUUUGGUCAAAAAGAGAUUGUUGCAGAGGAGUCAAAUAAGCAGGGCAAUACUUCUAUGGGUAAUUCUGUGGAAAACACAGUUGGAGACGAUGCAUCGAGUUUAGCUGUUGAAGAGGUACUGGUCAAGAGAUUUAGUUAUACUGGUAGUUCGUUUUUCUUUCUGAAAGAAAACGAUCCUGAGGUGAAGGAAGUUGUUUCAAAUUUCCGGCGCGUACGUCCAAUCGAAAGUUUAAAAGAAAAGUGGUUUCCUGUGCGACUGAGCUUGAUUAAGGUUGUCGUUAAAAAGUUGGCUGACUGA